CGUUUGUCUCUGAGAGAACAACUCUCUUAUACUUUAAUUAUUAAAUUUAAGCAUCUCAUAUCUUAUGUUCUCUCCCCAGUAAAAGAUUCUUCCUUUACCUCAUAAAAAACUUGGCAUUUUAGUACAUUGAAGUGUCACUCUAAUUACUCCUCAUAAUUAUUUCCUUGUUUCUUUUCUUCAUGGAUGCUCAAUCCAUCGUCAACUCAAACUCUUGUUCACCAUCAAAUCUAAAAAUCAUUGUCCAGAAAAACCCUUCAGAAUCCCAGCUCUCUGAAUUAGGCAUAAAAUCUUGGCCUAAAUGGGGUUGUUCACCAGGGAAAUAUCAAUUGAAAUUUGAUGCAGAAGAAACAUGUUAUUUGCUUAGAGGCAAAGUGAAAGUGUAUCCAAAGAACACAACAGAAACAUCAUCAGUGGAGUUUGGAGCAGGGGAUCUUGUCAUUAUUCCCAAAGGACUCAGUUGUACCUGGGAUGUGUUUGUUGCUAUUGAUAAACACUACAAGUUUGAAUCCUCUUCUUCUUCCUAAACCCUUGCUAUUAUUAUCAUUUUGAAUUUAACUUAUAUAUAUAUUGAUAGUGUAAAGUGUAAAGUGUAAAGUAAGAGUAUAAUUUUAUAUGUUAUAUCAGAUAGCCUGUCUUAAUUUUCAGAUAGGAGUAACUAGUUUCAGUACUUAUCAUGAAUAAUUAUUUUUAAU